AGAGAUAACUUAUUGUACCAAUUGGACAUUACCCUGUCUUAUGUCUAACACGCACUUAAUGUGGAUAAAGACGCGUUGCAACAGCGCGGCGACAUGCCGCCAAGGAAAGGACAGAAAAAUCGCUUUCCUUUGAAUGAAUAUUUGGAGGUUAAACGGAACCAAGAUGCCCUUCUUGUGUCUGCCCUUGCCCGUGAUAAAGAGUUUACGAAAAAGGCAAGGAAAUUAAAGCGACUCGAGCUUAAGGCAAAAUUGGUGAAUGAGGAUAACAAAAAUGUGAAAGAAAAGAUCUCUGUUACAGACAACCUUUUAGACAGGAGGACCCGCUCUCCAACAAUUUUGGGAGAUGAUGGGAAGAUCUCUGGCCCUGGCCGUAGUGCAAGACUAAGGAGGCUGCAGACAUUAAAUGCUGCAAAAAUGUUGCAUGGAGCCACUGCUGAGAAUAUGACACCAGCAUAUGCAGGUCUGAUGGCAGUUUUGAAUGAAAGUGCUCCAUUGUCAGUAUUGAGUGAUGUAAUGAUAAAAUGUGCUAAGUUCACAAAGAAAGUUAUUCCUAAAAUUGUAAAACAGAAGAUUAAUAUUUUUGAGAAAAGUCAAACAAAUUUUAUUAGAAGUGUAAAUAUUUUGUACAGGUGUGGCAUUGCAAACAAGCAGAAGUAUAAUUCAAUAAGGACAUCAUUAACAAUGUGCUUAGAUGAUGCUGGGGUUAAAAGAAAGCAUAUUGAAUUCAUGAGCAACUUUCCAGUACCAAGACUUCUUUCUAUAAAGAGGCACUUAAAAAAAUUAAUCAAAUAG